AGCCCUAACUUUGAAUUCCAUCUUGGUUCUGCAUCAGCUUUCAUGAUUCUGCAAUUUUUCGUGUUCGUCUCAUCUUCAUCGACUUCCAACUGGAUUGCCGCCUAGAUCUACCCGGGCAUAGAUAGCCAUAGUCGCCGAUCAAACAGUGCAGUAGAGAAUGAUGAAGCUGCAAACAUAUGCGGGAAUUAGUUUCAUUGCAACUAUAGUGGUGAUCUAUCAUGCCUUUAACAGUAGAGGCCAGUUCUACCCAGCGUUGGUCUAUUUAUCAACUUCCAAGAUCAAUCUAGUGCUUCUUCUCAACAUGGGUUUAGUCCUCAUGUGCAUUUUGUGGCAGCUAACCAAAAAAAUAUUUCUUGGUUCCCUCCGAGAAGCAGAGGUUGAGAGGCUCAAUGAGCAAUCGUGGAAGGAGUUGAUGGAAAUCCUCUUUGCCAUCACUAUCUUUCGGCAAGAUUUUUCUGUUGCAUUCCUUGCUAUGGUUACGGCUUUGUUAUUGAUCAAAGCUUUGCAUUGGUUGGCUCAGAAGAGGGUUGAAUACAUGGAAACCACUCCAUCGGUGCCGUUGUUGUCUCAUAUCCGGAUUGUUUCUUUCUUGGGUUUUCUCUUUGUUCUAGAUAGUCUGUUUUUGUAUAAUUCGAUAGGUUCUCUGAUACAGACAAGGAAGGCUUCAGUUUCCCUCUUCUUUUCAUUUGAGUAUAUGAUUCUUGCGACAACAGCCGUGUCAACAUUUGUGAAAUAUAUUUUCUAUGUCAGUGAUGUGCUCAUGGAGGGACAAUGGGAAAAAAAGCCUGUCUAUACAUUCUACUUGGAGCUUAUCCGAGACUUGCUUCACUUGUCGAUGUACUUGUGUUUCUUUCUUGUGAUUUUCAUGACAUAUGGCGUGCCUUUGCACUUGAUCCGUGAGCUCUAUGAGAUCUUUAGGAAUUUUAGGAUUCGUAUUGCAGAUUACAUUCGGUAUAGAAAGAUUACUUCAAACAUGAAUGAUCGUUUCCCAGAUGCAACACCUGAAGAACUCAAUUCAAGUGAUGCAACAUGCAUUAUUUGUCGUGAAGAGAUGACAGUUGCAAAGAAGCUAGUAUGUGGACAUCUUUUUCAUGUCCAUUGCCUCCGGUCCUGGUUGGAGCGACAACAUACUUGUCCCACUUGCAGAGCCCUUGUUGUACCACCUGAAGGUUCAAGCACAGCAGGAGGUCAUCAGGGAUCGCAGUCUGAUGCUAAUCAACAAGGAACAGGAACCACAAGUUCAUCUGCACAAGGUUCGGGUGGUACAGGUGCUGUUGGUGAUAGUUUGAGUCAUCAUCAGGCUAGAGUCCAGGCUGCUGCUGCUGCUGCUUCAAUAUAUGAGAAAUCUUAUGUUUAUCCUUUUGCGAACACAUUAGCAUGGUCUCCUGGAUACGCAGUAGUUCCUCAGGUUCAAAGACCUUUGCUUGACUCCAACAAUGUAGAACCGAUUGGAGAACAAGCUUCCAAUGAACAAGCACAAUAUUUUCCAUUUACAAGCGGCCCUGCAAACCUGUCCUUUACUCAAAUUCCCCAAAAUCUUUUUGUUCCUUUUCAGCCACGAGAGGGCACUGUAAACAAUACGGAUGGAUUGGGCAGUAGUCAAAAUACAUCGGGCUCACAGCUUGAAGCUCAAGAAAGAUUUCUUCAACAACAGAUUGAGAUCCUACAAGAUCAGCUGCAACUUCUCCGUAAACUGAAAGUCGAAGAUAGCUCAAUAGCAGGCGAGGCAGACAAGAAAGGGAAAAGCAUAGCAUCAUCGUCGCAGUCAUCAUCUUCAUCAGUUUCAGAUUCUCAUCCACCCGGAGAAACCGAAAGGACGGUGGGAUAAGAGAAAUGUGCAUAAUUACAAUGUGUAAUAAUACAAGAAUAGAGAUUCAGAAUGACAGAGAUAUCUCUUGUUCUUGUAUUCGGAAGAUGUACUUGGUAAAUUUUUAGAAGCAGUCUUCUUCCCAUUUGCAUAGCCGCGUUGGUUAGUUGGUUGUAAAUGCUGGAUUUGAGGCGUCCUUUUUGAAGCAAUUAUGCGACGGUCAAAAAGGAAUGUUGAAUGUUCUUUUUAGCAAAGAGAAGAAGAGAGAGAUUACAUUCAAAGAUGUUUGGUUGCUAUUUUCUUAGUCUAAAAGAUGCUUUUUGAAAAGCACUUCAAUUCA